CGGCCGCGGAGCUCCGGGGCGGGCGCGGGCCGGAACGGUCGGUGGAGCGGGCGGCCGAAGCUCGUGGCCAUGGAGUGGGGCUCGGAGUCGGCGGCCGUGAGGCGGCACCGCGUCGGAGGGGAGCGCCGGGAAGGCCCGGCGGCCGCGCCCCAGCCAGGGAGAGCGGCCCCGGCGCCCGAGCCCCUGGCGGACGCGUGCGGCGGCGGCGCGAGGACGCGGAAGCGGAGCGCGGGGGGCGGCGGCGGCGGCGGCGGCGCGAGCCGGGGCUCGGGGACCGGGCUGUCCGAGGCGCGCGCCGCGCUGGCCCUGGCGCUCUACCUGCUUGUGCUGCGGGCGCUCGUGCAGCUCUCACUGCAGCAGCUCGUGCUGCGCGGGGCCGCCGGCCGCCACGGGGAGUUCGACGCUCGCCAAGCCAGAGAGUAUCUUGAACACAUAACAUCCAUCGGCCCCAGGACCACAGGAAGUCCAGAAAACGAAAUCGUGACGGUCCGUUACCUGUUGGAACAGAUUAAACUGAUUGAAGCUCAGAGCAACAGCCUUCACAGGAUUUCAGUGGAUGUACAGCGGCCCACAGGCUCCUUUAGCAUUGACUUCUUGGGAGGUUUUACAAGCUACUACGACAACAUCACCAACGUCGUAGUGAAGCUGGAGCCCAGGGACGGAGCCCAGCACGCGGUCCUGGCGAACUGUCAUUUUGACUCCGUGGCAAACUCGCCAGGUGCCAGCGAUGAUGCCGUUAGCUGUUCAGUGAUGCUGGAGGUCCUUCGUGUCUUGUCCGUGUCUUCAGAAGCCUUACAUCAUGCUGUCAUAUUUCUCUUUAAUGGUGCUGAGGAAAAUGUCCUACAGGCCAGUCACGGUUUCAUAACUCAGCACCCCUGGGCCAGCCUGAUUCGCGCAUUUAUUAACCUGGAGGCGGCGGGCGUGGGAGGGAAGGAACUGGUGUUCCAAACAGGUCCUGAGAACCCGUGGCUGGUCCAGGCCUAUGUUUCUGCCGCUAAACACCCAUUUGCUUCCGUGGUGGCUCAGGAGGUCUUCCAGAGUGGAAUCAUUCCUUCAGAUACCGACUUCCGCAUCUACAGGGAUUUUGGGAACAUUCCAGGAAUUGACUUAGCUUUUAUCGAGAAUGGAUACAUUUAUCAUACCAAGUAUGACACCGCAGACAGAAUUCUAACAGAUUCCAUUCAGAGAGCAGGUGACAACAUUUUAGCAGUUCUUAAAUACCUAGCUACGUCGGAUAUGUUGCCUUCUUCCUCUAAGUAUCGACAUGGAAACAUGGUCUUCUUCGACGUGCUCGGCCUGUGCGUCAUCGCCUACCCGUCCCGCGUCGGCGUCAUCCUUAACUGCAUGGUGGUGACGGCUGUCGCGUUGUACCUGGGCAGAAAGUUGUUGCGGCCCAAGCACAAGACUGACACCUACAGGAAGGACUUCUUCUGUGCGCUUGGCAUCACUCUGAUAAGCUGGUUCACAAGCCUGGUCACUGUGCUCAUCCUGGCGGUGUUCGUCUCUCUGAUUGGACAGUCCCUGUCGUGGUACAGCCACUUCUAUGUCUCCGUCUGUCUGUACGGAACCGCAGCCGUGGCCAAAAUCAUACUCAUACACACCCUCGCAAAAAAAUUCUAUUACGUGAAUGCCAGUGACCGGUAUCUGGGAGAAGUGUUCUUUGACACCUCGCUGUGUGUGCACUGCGUUUCCCUCACGGCUCUCACGUACCGAGGACUGUGCUCGGCGUUCAUUAGCGCCGUCUGGGUGGCCUUUCCCUUGCUCACAAAGCUUUGCGUACACAAAGACUUGAAGCAGCAUGGUGCCCGAGGGAAGUUUAUUGCCUUUUACCUUUUGGGGAUGUUUAUUCCUUAUCUUUAUGCACUGUACCUCAUCUGGGCAGUAUUCGAGAUGUUUACCCCCAUCCUCGGAAGGAGUGGUUCGGAGAUCCCCCCUGACGUCGUGCUGGCUUCCCUUUUGGCUGGUUGUACGAUGACCCUCUCCUCCUAUUUUAUCAGCUUCGUCUACUUGGCCGAGAGCACCCGGAAGACGCUGCUGGCGCUGACGACCGUGUGCGCCGUCACGCUGCUCCUGGUCUGCGGCGGCGCCUUCUUCCCCUACAGCUCGCAGCCCGCCAGCCCCAAGCCCAAGCGGGUGUUUCUGCAGCACGUGACUAGAACGUUCCACGGCCUGGACGGAAACGUCACUAAGCGGGACUCCGGCAUAUGGAUCAACGGGUUCGACUACACGGGCAUGUCGCACAUCACGCCUCACAUUCCUGAGAUCAACGACACCAUCCGAGCUCACUGUGAGGAGGACGCGCCCCUGUGUGGCUUCCCGUGGUACCUCCCGGUGCACUUCCUCAUCAGGAAAAAUUGGUAUCUUCCUGCCCCAGAAGUUUCUCCAGGAGAUCCGGCUCAUUUCAGACUUGUGUCCAAAGAACAGACACCCUGGGAUUCUGUGAAGCUGACGUUUGAAGCCACAGGACCGAGCCACAUGUCCUUCUACGUUCGAACCCACAAAGGGUCGACGCUUUCUCAGUGGUCUCUUGGCAACGGCACCCCAGUCACAAGUAAAGGAGGGGACUACUUCGUGUUUUACUCCCACGGGCUCCAGGCCUCCGCGUGGCGCUUCUGGAUAGAAGUACAGGUCUCGGAAGAGCGGCCUGAAGGAAUGGUCACGGUGGCCAUUGCUGCCCACUACCUUUCUGGGGAAGAUAAGAAGUCCUCCGAGCUGGAUGCUCUGAGAGAGAAGUUCCCAGACUGGACCUUCCCCUCCGCCUGGGUGUGCACCUACAGCCUCUUCGUGUUCUAGUCUGCUGGAGCGGCGCGCGGGGCGUGCCCCGUGGGAUGCCCCCGGACGCGGUUUUCCUCCGCAUCACGUGGGUGUUUGUGAGGCCAUGAUCUUGAACGAGCGCCCGUUCGGAGAGCUUCGUGGGCGGACACACUUCAGGGCCCAGCGCCAUGGCGGUGUUGCUGUGGGGUAGGGACGCAUGGCCUUUCUGACUCUCGAAACGCCGGCUUCCUGGCCCCCACGUGCAGUGGGCACCACCACACCCGUCAGUCAUCCUCUAGGACCUUAAGGAUAAAAGCCAAUAAACCACUUAGUUAUUACCCUUUAGGAUCAUGAACGGUACAGAAGGUACCAUGAACCGUUCAUGGGACAAAGGACAUUUCCGACUGAAGCCCAAGAUGUCUUGGCAGAGGACGGUGGCUAAAAUCAGUUCACAUUGGGAUCAGGGCAGGUACAGCAAGGGCCGGGGGGGCGGGGGGGGGCCCAGCCUGGGCUGAGAGCUCUGCCGCUCCAGGCACGACGUAGAGCUCCGCGGGCCGGGGGGUCUCUGCAGCCCAGCCCGGGUCCUGACGGGAGAGUCUGUGCCAAGCUGCGGCGUCCUUAACAGCCGCCGCCGCCGCCAUGCUUUCCGGAGUUGCUUUCCUGGCCCGAUGUCUCCCUGUUCCCCGUCCACCUUCUGGGUUCAGCGGGGCAUCCGUUCCGCUACCUUUCCUGUGGGGUUUUUCUAGGCUCUUCUGGCUCCAGAUGUCCUGUGUGCAAGCGCACAAGCUCCAUUCCGUCCUCAGAGCCUGGGGUUGCUGUGGUGGCUGCUUUGGGGGACGAUAAGUGAGCAGGGUGAGGCGUGGCUGGGCAUUUUACAUUCUCUUCAUUUAAUGGGCGUGUUGUUAUCCAAGGUUCAUCUUCUAGGGCAUAAUUUUACUGUGGCACUGAGUCCUAAGUUUGGUCUGGUUUCUCCGUGUGCAGCAGAGCGCAUUUCCGGGGGCCGCAGGUGGUGGCUUACGCGGUGAUGAGGCCACUGGCCCCGCAGCCGCUGGUAUCAGGACCCUGCAGAGGGGCGGGCCGAGGACUUCCAGGUGCUUCUCCCUUCCAAGAGGUGGCUGGGGAGGCUCGUCACGGCGGGGGCUCUCGGGGCUUCCUGGCCGCAGCCGCGGAUGGGUCUGGGAGAGGAGGGGUCAGUUCUCCCAGCUUGCUUUUUUCCACAAGAAACUGAAAAGGUUGGACAGAUUCGGACGUUAGCAAGCAUAGGCCAAAAAGACGUUUUAAAGAAAAGCAAUAGUAAAGCAAAGUGGUACCUACGUGUGCAUCGCAGGAGGACGUGCUCGCAGCUGCGUGCGACUGACGGACGCGGUGCGCCUUCUCCGGCCCGCUCCGCCGCCGCCGGCCUACCCCGGGGCCCUGCAGCGUGACCCGGCAACCCCGUACCCUGGCCCCUGGUAUAGGUCCGGCCGGCAAACCUGCGAAUUUUUCAGGCGGUGUGGACGGACUGCCGUGUUCGUAGCUUGUAUAGAAUCAGAGUUGUGGACAGAAAGUGAUCGCUCAGUGAAUUUCAAAAUAGAGGCCUGUUUCUGUUGUCCCUGUAGUUGAUCUGAAACGGACUUUAUGGGAGGGGGAGUCCCAUGGUGAGGACAGGCCCUGUAUGAGAAAGUUGUUUUUUCCCCUUCGGGGAGGAUGCGAUUCCCUUUCGGUAACAAUCAUGGUUCUCUUGCUGCCCUCACGUUGCUUUCCUCGGUGCGCAGCAUCUCUGCCGCAGACGGGAGGACGCAGACGUGCUCGUCCCGGAGUGCAGCGUCAGGGCAGGCAGCCGCCUCUCAGACUGGAGUAGCUCAUCAUUCAAAACUCACUUCUAAACGGGUCUUUCCAAAUUCUAACAAAUGCAGUUUUUCCUACAGAAUUUAGAAGUAGCCCAGUACUGCACAUUCAGUGAAAAAAGUCAAUUGUGGUUUUGAAGAAAAUGGUUAAAACUUACCUUGUGUCUGACAGGAAAGCCUGUUGGAUGAAGUAUCUGUUUCCACAGUUUAGCUGACGGAAGUGAGGAGGCAGGAUUGCUGCGAUGCCUCCACUGAGGGGGCCUCCAGGCGGCCGCUCAGUAAGCCCUAGGAAGCUCGACGGUCUUUCUUUUCACUGGUCUGCUACUAGCUGAGGAUUAAUUGUUGCCUUACAUGACUGAAAUACACUUUUUAACCUACUAGUUAGUAUCUUUAACAGAAAAACCAGAUCUUUAUUGUUUGUUCUUUUGUAUCCCCAUCUUUGAAGUUAUUUCAAGUCUACAGAGCCUUUUUGAAUCUUUAUAAAAAAUUGCUUUUAAAAGACCUGGGUGGCUCAUGUGGGUAAGAAUGGGUAUGUGAGCGAAGAGCUCAACGAAGAAAUACUGGGAUGCUUUUUACUGUGGAAUGAAUUCGUGCAUGUUUUGUUAAAUGUUGAGCUUUUUAAAAUCCUCUCCAUUGACGAAAUCACUGAAGGGCUUAUCCAGAAGGACUGUGGGGGCAGAGAGAAGAAACGUCUGGUGGCCCACCUCUCUCUCCUCGCCACCCAAGGAGAGGGCAGGGGCCCUGCCACUCCCCAGAACAGGUUCCUAUGCAAGUCGUUUUGCUUUCUCAGUGAAGUCCCUCCAAGCAGUGCGGUGCGCGCCUUGCAGCCUUUUAGGGCCAAUAAAGCCAAAAUGCAUUUAGGCCUCUUUA